CAAUAACGCAAAGCAAAACUCGAUCUCCAGCUACCAAAUAAUCAAAUAUGAGCGACAGAACAGAACGAUCCUUGCAAUUUGAUAACACUGGCUCAUGUCCACUUCGAGUGCCAGGAUUCAGCGGAAUUCCCCUGGACUAUGAGUUCGAUUUCAACCAACGCUUUGCGCAUGGAGCACGCGAGAAUUACUCAAGAAGAGCCAUCAGGCUCACCGCACCUGAGGUCCAGAUGUUGCGACUCAUGGAACGGAUCACAGACAUUCCGAACUGGGAACACGAUGUGUUUAACGAACAAAAUCUUGCCCAGUGGCGUGCACAGGCAUCUUCAUCUUACGCGAGCCUUGACUCGAACUCAGAUCAGGACGUGGACAUGGACCUGAUCACAACGAAGGCAUGGCUCUGGUGCGUAGCGGAACUGAAGGAUAAGGCCAAGGGUUUCCGGGACACUGGAUAUGUCAUCGUUCUCAAUGCCGACUCCGGCGUAUGCAAAAUCGACGACAAGGCUCUGGGUGAUGAUCUCCAAGAAGCACUCCGUCCGCUCUUGCCGACAAGGAAGGGUGGUGGCAUUCACGAUUUAGUAGAUCCGUCGCUUUACAUGUUGGUCUACGGCCGGACAACAGUUCUCAGCCACGGUGGUCGGGUUGCUCUGCCUGCGGCGGACGGCUCAAUCUCCCAGUUCUAUCCGCCUUCCACCGAUCCCAGACUAGCCACGGCACCUGCGCAGGAUCCCUCCAGGAGUAUAACAGCCCUGAUACCCCGAGAACUCUUUUAUCUUCAGGAUAAUCUCAAGUUACAACAGGUUUCCUUUCGCUUCCAAUGGCUGCCUUGCGAGGUGGAGUUUGCGGAGCCGUCGGGGACGGCAGUACGGAUCACCUCGUAUAUUAACAAUCUCCACCCAAGCCAUACCCAGGCCUAUUCCGCAAUCGAGAAACUUAUUUCUCGCGCGAUAGGACCGUGGAAUGAGGUCCUGGUCAAAGGCGCUGGUGGGCGCAUGCCUCGGCGCAUCUAUACCUAUGGCGUCACAGACCGAGAAGAAGAAUGUCCCAUGGAUGUAGAACCGCCGGAGGACAUUCUCCCAGUCGUGUGGAAUCAGGAGAUCACUCGACGCGCCUGGUCUCCGGAGCAAUGGGAAAGUCACUGCUCCAAGGUGCGAGAGUAUUUGACUUUGCCUGAUGUGGAUCCCAAGUACCGUGUCUUCGAACCCGAGCCCGGGGAUCCCCCUGAGACGGAGGAUCUUCUGGCUUGGAUGACGCCGGAGAUGUGGGCAUCCCCUGCACGCGUCGCGGAGAUUAUCCGGGCGAAGUUCAGGCGACUGCAUCGGUUCUCAUACCCCGAGCCCGGGAUUUCCUACACGUAUGAAGACUGGAAAAGAGGCCAGACCGCGAACCCGAUCUUCGGGCCAUGGCCAUCUGACCACGAGUUCGACCCGCCUCGAAAUCACGAAUACUACUCGGUGUCGCUCGAAAAUCAGUUCCGCAAACAGGGUCUGCAGGUGAUUGUUCAAGUCUUCAGCAUCGAUCUGACGCCCGAGGGAUGUGGUGGUGACGAUGUUGCCCAUGCAUACCCCGGAGAUCCAGAGUUCCACGUGGACGGGAUGCUCAACGAGCAUAUUGUCGCCACCGCACACUUCUGCUACAGCGCGGAGAACAUCACAGAGUCCCGCAUCUCCUACCAACAACGGGACAGGUUGCACAUAUUCGGCCAUCAACCGGACCCCUUCUGCAUCUACAAACUCUACGGAAUCCCUCCCUGUCCGGGACCGGGCGAAGACCCAAACGCUCUGCCGCUGCAAACCCUAGGGUCCGUCGCCGUCACUCAAGGUCGUUUUCUCAUGUGGCCCAAUGCCUUGCGAUACAAGAGGCUUCCGUUCUCCUUGCUCGACCCGAGCCGCCCAGGCCAUCAGCGGUGCGUCGUCUUGCGGCUGGUGGACCCCCACUAUCGCAUCUGCUCGACUCGGAAUGUGCCCCCGCAGCAGCACGAUUGGUGGCGCAAUGCAGUCUUGGCGAAUUCCGCCACGACUCCGCUCUCGACUCUUCCCCAGGAGCUGAUGGACAUGGUCAUGAAGGAAACAGGGCCUUGGCCGAUGCAACUCUCCGAAGCUUUGCAGCACAAGGCAGACUCUGAGAAGGAGCGAGAGGAAGCCGUUCCGCACCAGCUUUUGUACAUUCAAUCCUACGAUUUCUGGUGGGAAUUGAGUUAGUGCCGAGCAGGGGGGUUUUACACCACAGUAUGUUACCGUUCAGAUCAUGGUGGUUUGCUUUUUCGCUUCUUCGUCGAUGAAUAGUUUUAGGUGCCUAUAACAACUUGGGCUUUGGUUGACAUAGAUCGUGUGAGGGACAUUGUAACUUUCAUAGGGCUCAGUACUUAUCUGAGUAGACUUGAGUACCACGAAACUCACACAAGCCUUUACAGACAAUGGACAGAAUUCGCAGUUUGAGUCAGAUCUUCUAGACCCUUUUUCUUUACCAAACUCACAAGAAGCACUCUUUCACAGAGUUGUUACUUUCCAUGAGACUGGGCAAUGGAACCAUCUUCGCUCCGAUAUCUUUAAGAUUCUUGCCCCCUUUUGGAGCUCCCACGAUGGAGUCUUUGAGACGGGAAAUUAGAAUGUCCUCAGUCAAUAGAUCCCUGCUAGUCUAACCAUGGUAGUUCACUACAUU